CCUUGUGCCUUGUGCCUUGUGCCUUGUGCCUUGUGCCUUGUAGGUUACUGACAUGAGUAAGGCAACGGUAAAGCAGGUGAAGAAACCACGAGGCUUUCGUUUCCGCCGGUUUAGGGAAUAUCUUUCUUACCCUUCAUGCCAAGAUGGAGAUGAUCACUCAUCGGCCAUGCUUUGCCAAAAGUAAGUAGUGCCCAUGUUUUCUUGUCAUUCUUUUUUCCUAUUCGGGAGAAUCUUAUCUAUUGGACUAUCAUUGGUCUGGAGAGACUCAGUGGUGGGAAUUGCAAAUAGCGGAUUGGUCUCUUUCCUAAUUGUUAUUAGGUCCUUGGGGGGGUCUUGGUAUGGCGGAGAGGAUUCCGGGUCAGGUAACCGUUUCGUUGGGGCUAAGGACAGGAACGGGUGGAUAUUGUGAC